UGUUCACCAGCUGAACCCUUUCACACUCAAUUAUUCUGCUGGUACCCACCUCCCUGAGCUCCUUCUUCUGGAGUAACAGCACCAUGUCUGCAGACAAGAAUGACACAAUUGAGCUGGCUUCUCUGGGCCGGCCCUUCCAGCUGGGAAUGCUGUACGACUGCCGCAGCGACUCCCUCAUUCCAGGUGUCACAUUAUGGGAGCUGAAUAAAAUAAAGGAGUCUAUUGAUGUUCGCUCUCAGCGCAACUCCAAUUUCCAAGUCAUCACAUCGGACUCUAUUGAGGAGAAAACCUCAUCCUUGGAUGUGUCUGCAUCUUUGAAAGUGAGUGUUCUGGGUGGAAUGAUCAGUGUCCAGGGAUCUGCUGGCUUUCUGAAUGACAAUAAAUCAUCUAAGCACCAGGCCCGCAUCACCCUGCACUAUCGCACCACCACCAAGUUUGAGCAGCUCACCAUGAACCAGCUGGGGCAGCAGAACAUUGCCUUCAAGGAGGUGUUCGAUCAGGGCACAGCCACACACGUGGUCACAGGGGUGCUUUAUGGUGCCCAGGCUUUCUUUGUGUUUGACCGUGAGAUCUCCUCUGAUGAGACUAAGCAGGGAGUUCAGGGAAGCAUGGAGGGAGCAAUUAAAAUGAUGGGUUUGAUUGGUGGUGAAGUCAAAGGUUCAGUCAAUGUCAACACGAAAACUGAUAAAACAGUUGACCAAAUCAAGUGCACCUUCUAUGGAGAUUUCAAGCUGACAUCGAACCCUGUGACCUUCCAAGAGGCGAUUCAAGUGUACUCAAAGCUUCCCAAUUUGCUUGGGCCUGAGGAGGAACACGCAGUGCCCAUCAAGGUUUGGCUUUACCCCCUUAAACUUCUGAAUGACCAGGCUGCCAGGCUGGUUCGUGAAAUCAGUGUGGAGCUGGUGUAUCACGCACAAAAUAUCUUGGAACACCUUGGGCACUGUGAAAUGAAGAGCAAUGACCUGAUGAAAAACGAGGUUGCUAGCAAGUUCCGCCAGAUCAAAAGAAAAGCACAACGCUUCAAAGAUCUCUGUCGCAUUUACAAGCUGACAUUCCAGAAGAACCUGGCAGAGGUGCUGCCUCAGAUCCGCGGAGGACAACAAGAGGAGAAUAAGCUGGCAGAUAUCUUGAAAAGGAAGGAGGAAUCCCCUUUUAAAGACUCCUCUCUUGUUGAAUGGCUGGAAAACAAAGAGACAGAGAAAAAUGUUGUGAAGGCAUAUCUGAAACUGAUGAAAGACAUCAAGGUCAUGGUAAACAGGAGCGAGUUGGAGGAGCAAAUCUUGGACCCCACAGGGCAGUAUGUUCUCUGCUUCGUUUUCACUUCACUGCAUGAAGAGGAGCCCUACCUGGAAGAGCUCUUGAAGUUCUUAAGAACUCAGGAAUCUGAACUGCAUGUCAGAGCAAGCUCACAAGAGCAGUGGUUCAGCAGUGAAACUGUAUCCCUGCGCAUGAGGGAACUGGCCAAACGGUUCCUGGAAUUCUGGAGCUCCAACAACAAUAGUAAAAGCAAGUUCCUCAUUGCAUCUGAGAUGGACACUGAUCACCGUGGAGUGUCAAUCUACCUGUACGAGGAGGGAAGACUUGUCAAUAAAGACUUCCAUCCCCCUUCUAAGCCUGAGGCCCCAUUGGUGGUUGAAAGAUCACAUAACAGCAUCACCCUCAAGCUGACACCACCAGCAUAUGGUUCAAAGGAAACAGUACAGUAUAAAGUGUAUUACACAGAUUCAGAACAGACCAAGAAUGUGUCAGACUUAAAAGAAUGGAAAUUUGUUGAAACUUGUGAAGUGAAAGAGUGCUUCACGGUUUCGGGUUUGUCUCCACACAAGAAAUACAUGUUCAGAUAUGCAGCAGUAACAAAACUAGGAAAGAGCACUGCCAGUGACUCUGUGACUGCCAGCACAUUGCCAGCAGGCCCACCCAGAGACUUUGGUGUGCUUGAAGAAGGACACACAAGGAUUAAAAUAGAAUGGGCUAAACCAGAGACUAUAGCAGACCAGAUUGUGCGUAACUACAUAAUCGAGUACAAAAAACAUGGUACAGAAAAGUGGACCUCAGAAGUGCUGAGGGUGAAGGAAGAGUGCCAGACCAUCCCUUUUGAGAUGAGAGAUCUGACACCAGACACCACCUAUUCCAUCAGAGUCCUGGCCAGUUGUGGGGAUGAUGGUAUUGGAGCCCCAAGCAAAGUCCUUCAAGCCACUACAAAGAAAAUUAGGUAUUUAGAAAGGAGUGAUUUGCUCAGGAGUGAGGAGCCUGCUCUUUAUAAACUUCACCUGCAGGAGCAGACUGUGGAUGAGGAGCAGUACACCAGGCUUUGUACUUUGGCACAAUUGGAGGAUGUGUGUUGUGACGAUUCUAUGGAGAGAACAAUCCUUGUGCUUGGCACCAGGGCCCAUUACAAAGCCAUGCUGAUUAAUGCCAUGUUCAAUUACAUCUUGGGUGUGAGCUUCGAAGAUGACUACAGAUUUGUAGUUACAGACCCAGCCUGUUCUGAAGUUGAUUUGGACACUCAGUGGAUGACGAUUUACAAAAUAGUUUGUGAAAAGGGAUUUCGUAUCCCAUACACUCUUACUAUAAUUGAUGCUCCUGCGUACGGAGAAUGGCACCAACGGAAUUUACUAAUUGAGGAGCAAAUCAGGACAUUCACUGAGAGAACUGAAAUUUCUGGUGAUCUCAAUGCUGUCUGCUUGGUAGUGGAAAAUGCCAGUGAUAACCCUACAGCUGCACACUGUGUUUUCCACUCUGAGGCGUAUCUGAAAAAUGAGGAUUUUUAUGAGGAGGAUAAGGAGACAUGUGACAGCAGGAUGCUCUUUACAACAGAAACUGGUUUUCAAUUCUAUAAAUCUGAUAACUUAAAGCAUUUCUUUACAUUCAGUAGUUCAGGUUUAUUUGACAUAAACCGAAAUGCUGAGGAGAAGAACAAGCAGAAAGAGCUGUGGAAAAUGGCACUGGAGAGUAUUGGUUUGUUUUUCACUGAGCUAAAUGACUUCAAAGAUAAACAUUUCAUUACUUAUGGACCACACUGAGCAAAUACAUCUGUAUUUUAUGGAAGUGUGUGUAUAUAUAUAUAUGAAUGUGGUGUUCUCACCAGUCAAGAGUGCAAAGCUUGUCCUCAGCACUCUCCAUAAUAAUCUCUUAUUAUUGAUACAGACAGGGCUCUGUACAGAAACACACUCCAUUGUUAUCUCUUAUUAUUGAUAGACAGUGCUCUCUGCAAGACUCCUCUAUUAUUCUUGUGUUUUUCUCUAGAUAAGUGUGACUUAUAUAAAUACAUAUUUAGUUCUGCAAGUUCUGCUAAUCAAGUGAAUUUGUGUAGUCCGCUCAAGUCCUACAACCUGCAUCCUCUCUGUUCAAUAAUAAAGUGAGAUUUGCUUAUUG